GGUCUUACAACUGACGAAAAGUUGACGUCGUAAUGAGUUUUGUUAACGUUCUUCGACGGCAUUAAAAUUUAUACUCUUAAAUCGUACUGAGUUUUGCAUUGAUUUUCGAAUAAUUUUGCGUUAUGUUCAACUCAAUCAGCGUAAAAAAAUACUUACAUUUUUUAAACUGAAAAAGUGUAUACAUGAAAUAAAAGAAGCCAAAUCUCAAUUAGUUGUAUAAAAAUUGCGCUUUCCACUCAUCGCCACGUUUUAUAUUUUACUUCACUUGCCAUACACAUUCCAAAACGAAUUAGAACUUGUCGCCCGAACUACUGUUGACAAACAGAAAUUAUUCUAGUUAAAAGUGAUUCGAACCCAAAGUUUAAAACUAUACACAGUUCUCAUCCAUGAAAGGGAAAGUGUUGAUUGGACUCAGCAAAGAUAACGAUGAACCACCCGUGUUUCUCCCUUUCAAUAUCAACAGUGAAAAACUUCCGGAAGAAAUUGCAGAGUGUUUUAAAAGAAAUCGCCCGCCUGAGUUCCUGUAUGAUGUAACAGGCAACCGAGAGAGCAGGAACGUCAAGGUUUUACUAGAAAAUACCGAACUUACUGAAGGGAGGCACUACUUGUGGGUCGUUGAGGACGAGGCUCACUGGCAAGACAAAACACUAGUUCAGAAUGCUUUGUUUUGCUCAAUUGCAGCUUACCAGAUAAAUCCAUUAGAUUACUUAAAUGACACAAGAAACUAUCAUGGAGUAAAAUUACUGAUAGCUGCAAAUGUGAAGUUUGGCAAACAAAUUGCUUCCUUGUUCAUUGCUUCUACUGACCUCCCUUCUGAAAAUGAAAAAAUGUUGAUUGUGGCAUUCAGAGGAACGUCUACAAAAGAAGACAUCAAAUCGGACUUGCAAUUUGGACUGGAGACCGACGAGACGUUUGAAGGAGAAGUCCAUGGCGGCUUUUUGGAACGCAUGAAGAGCGUUCCUGUUGAAGAAAUUCUCAGUUUGGCUUUAAGAUUGCAAGUCAAAUUUGUUGUUACGUGUGGUCAUUCUCUGGGAGGAGCAGUGUCAUCGUUGGUAAAUAUUAAGCUAAAAAAAGAACUUGAAGUACGUAAUUGGACCAGGCGGUUCUCAAAUAAUCUAAUAAACAUUACCUUCGGAGCCCCGAUGAUAGGAAAUUACGCCUUCGCACAAUAUUUGAAAAAGAACUAUUCAAAAAAGAUGUACAAUUUCGUGUCCGAUAGGGAUGUUGUUCCAGCUUCGCUUUUCAUUGGGUAUGGCCUGCAGUGCAUGAAAGAAAAAAGCAGAGGAUUUAGUAAGUAUGCCUUAAAGACAGCGGUUAAUUAUUCCACAUCUUGCUACCAGCUUCUUCUGAAAAGCUUGAAUUUUGAUGUCGAUCCUGAGAAAAUCAAAAAUGCAGUGAAGGCGCUUAAAGAAGUGCAUCAUGAACCUAACUAUGUACCUAUUGGAAAUUACUUGCUCUUUCACGAAACGUCGGGCAGAAUUGAGCACUUGAGUAAUGACCAAAAAACUCUUGUUAAACAAAUUCUUCAAAAAACAAUUGAUUUUGCAUGCGAUAAUCCAUCUGAGAUCACAAACUGUCACUCAAUUGAGAGCUACUUCGACUCAAUUACUCGCUCUUAUGAUGGUUUUGUGACAUUUAAAAAUCGUGAGCGCAAAAUCUUAAUUGAAAAGAAUCACAGCAAAGAUUUUUUUGGUGAAGAUGGCCUCAGCUACAGAUUCGACAGCGUCUCUUCGUUCAACUGUGGUCAUGAAAUGUGCGCAGAUCCUAAGCCUGUUUAUGUGAAAAAGCAACCGGUCUCAAUCUGCCAUACAUGCAAGGUCGAUCCUACAGCCACAGAACAUUUUUAUCACGGAAGCGUUUGUCGUCCAAUCGUGCAUAAAUUGAACGAACAUCGCCAAAUUUUGAAAGAGUUGGACUGGAGCAGAUUCAAAGAUAGACCCAAAGAAUUUGAGUUAAUUUUCGCCGAUCCCAAAAAGGUCUAUCUAAUGAAACUUCUCCUUCAGAUUUUCCGCAAGCUAAUCCUUUCACUUGGAGGCGUUUUGCUUUUGAUUAUCUUUGUAAUGGCUGUGGUCUCUCUGCUGGACUGUUUCUGGAUCAUAUCUGGUCAUGUCUAUCUCAUAUUUGUCUUUGAAUUUCUUUUUUCAAAAGACUGGAUUGAAAAAGGAUUCAAAGAUGUGAUUCUGAGACCAUGUAUUGGAUUUUUCGUUCUUGCGGGAACCUAUUGUCUACUCAUGUGUCUGAAAAUCUCCAUAUCGCGUGCAACUGAGGACGAGCUAAAAGCUAGCGUAAUAGUUGACGCCUUGCGGCUUCUUGAAGUUCCGCUGCCAAACACUAAAUUUGAAGACAUACGUAAGGACGACGUAAUGAAGUGUUUCAGAAAGAAGGCUCUUUUGUUCCACCCAGAUCGACAAAUCGAACUGAGCGAAAAUGCGGCUCCAGAAGAAAAGAAAUCACAGAAAAUAAAUGAAACAGAAAAGAAGGAGAAUGAGGAGGCAAUAGAUGCGAUUGAUUUCUCUCGAAACAUCCUGGUAUCCUAUUGCAGGAACCCUACCAUUCUCUCGAAUUCUGUUGUCGAGAUUGUACAGAAAAAUUUGGAAUACUUUCUCUUCGAUCCGCCGAUCCCUUUGUCCAUACAACUAGGAAAGGGCAUUUAUCCUCCUGAAAAAACUGAAAUAAAACCAAUUAAUGUGAAAAUUAAGACUUUGAAAAAAAGGAAAGCGAAAAGUACACAGUCGUAUACCACGGAGAAAAAGACUUAAAUGACAUUAUGAAGAAAAAAUAUAUAUUAUUUCGUGCGAUGA